AUUGUACUUAAGAAAAAAAAUUGUAGCUUGCUUCUUACGACUACUGCAUAGAACUGCAAAUAUGGAAAGUAAAGUGGCAGUUUUAGAAAAGCGCUUGGAGUGUCUGAGUAAAGGACAGAUAGAACCCGUCAAAGAUGAAACUAUUGACAAAGAGCGGAAGGAGAUGGAAACUUUGGUACCACUACCGGUAUCCACAGUUGAAGGGCUAAAAUUAUUGAAUGAUACAUUGAGGACAAACAGUCGUUACUUCACAUUCCUUCGACUUUUCAUGAAGGAUGCAUGUCCAGUACCGAAUUUGAAAGAUUUUGACUCCAAAACAAUCCGUCAAGAAUUGCAUAAAGCGAUUAAUCAUAUUUAUUCACACAUAACGACCAAUGAGUUAGCUUCACAGUAUAAUAUGUUUGGGCGCCGAAACAGCCCAAAUGGACCACUAAAAGAAGGAUUUGUACAGUUUAAGGAACUCCUUACUAAUAUACAUAUAUAUGUUUCUAAUAUUACCUUUACUAUUUCCGACGGGGCUAUUGGUGAGUGGUUGCGCCAAGCAGUCAACCGCCUGGAAGUAAAAAAAGUAUUAAAAAAAAAGAAAAUGGCUGAGAAGAGGGCUGCAGUAUCACAGGCUGAUGGGAAAUAA